GUCUUGGUGAUACUAAAAUCCUUGUUAGUCUCAUGAGRCUUGUAGCUGCCGGCAGGAUUUGUGUAUCGGGUUCAUGUAAGCCUGAUGUUGAUGAUACUAAGGCGAGAUCCAACCAAAGUCUAAAAGACUURAGCAAAGCGGUGUGUGCUUUAGCUACCGAUGAUCAAACCUCAGCUCGUCUUCUUUUGAAYCUSUGUGUCAGGGACUUAAUGACGUCUGCAACUGGCAAAGCCACUUUAAAGAAAUCCAUCGACAAGCCUUCUAAAAAGCGUGGAAUACAUUUACCUCGCUCAUGCGGUGACUAUGACCCGUCUUCCUCAGACCAAAGGGCUUUGUCUCUGCCAAGUUUUGUGGUAACCCAGGCUUUAGUAGACUUACUAGCAGAAGCUGGAGGUAAAUAUUCAGGUCCAUCAAGAGGCCCUGUAAAAGAAUCUACUGUCCCUCUCCCCCUCGUUAAUGCACUGUCUGGAUGUUGUCUAUCUACGUACCUCCCCUCCCCCCAUAGGAAAUGGGCUGCUAUUGAGCUGGUUAGGACAUUGGCAUAUAGAAGCAAACUACGAAUUGCUGAACAACCAAAGGAAAUCUCGGCYGACAUGGAUGGCGAUAUCCCACAAUGCCCCAAAAUCAAAUUAAAAGCRCACUCAAGUGAGGUCAAACACUGCGCAUGGAAUGCUACCAAGAGUCUGCUGGCCACAAGUGGAUUGGAUGGCGUUAUUAAUGUAUGGAACAUGACGUCCAAAGGUCAUACUAUACUGCAACAGUCAUACACUUUCACCUUCUCACAUGAAGAAGAACGAAGCUCUACUCCAGACUUGAGAGAAAUUGAGUGCGUCUGCUUUAACGCAAAUGGAAAGUUAUUGGCUGGAGCUGUAGAGAACUUAGUAAAUAUCUGGACGUUAUCUGGUAACCACGGUAACUUGAAUAAACAUCCUCACCACAUCACUUGCAUGACGUGGCCGAUAUCACGUGGUUUCAUGGAAAGUCACGUGACCACUAUGGACAAUCUGCUCGUGGGUCGUAUUGACGGCAGUCUAGCUGUGGUGGAAGUGUUUGACAAGAGCUCCAUGGCUCGAGUCGAGCUUGAACACUGCUCUAGAAAAAAUCCWGUAUGUCGAGUCAGCUGGUACGAUGACAGUAACAGUUUUGCUGCUGGUUUUAUGGACGGAGUCGUUUGUCUGGCUAAGAAAGAUCCAAGCGAAGCUGUCAAGAUGGUCCCGGCUCACCAGAGCAUGAUUAUCGGUUUACAAUUCGAUAAAACUGGCAUGGCGCUGAUCUCUUGUGCAGAGAAUGAACCAGUGAAGGUCUGGUAUGAGGUUGACGAUGGAGUUAUUCUACAACAUAUAUUUGAGUUAUCCAGCUCUCCUGUGUCGAGUUUUUGCUGGUUUGAAACUCAAGGCAGUGAUGAUGGUGUUGGAGCAAUCGCACUUGGUGGGUCUGACGGAACAGUAAGCGUCUACAAAGUUCCACGUCCUCUCGAAAAAGAAUCCAUCAAAAAGCUAAUGGCGAACUUCAAACGUGUGGGAUCAGACGACAGCCCGAUCAUGCGCAGUGCGUCAUCUCACAGUGUUGACAGCGUGCCUGCAAUUCCAAAAAGAAACACUUCACCCAAGUURAACUCUAAACCAGAGCGCUGGUGUCGAGUUUUCCUCUACAGCGACAUCAUAGAAGCACUAGGAAAGAAUAACAGAAGCUUGUCGGGCUCGCAACAGAGUUUACAUCAGGAUUUCUCGUGCUACAAGGGCUGCUUAUGUCUAUUUGAGGUCAAAGGCCACGACUCCCUUGUGUCUUCGUUGUCGUUCUGUCCUUCGGGGGUUUUCAUGGCAUCGUGUUGUGAAAAAGGCUUAGUUAAUAUAUGGUCUAUCCAGGACGGCGUAAUAGCUCAGACUUAUCAAGAAAACGGCUCAGCAAUGAGCAUGGUGUGGACAGGUGAACAUGGUGUCACAGCAUCCUUCAAGGACUCCAAGGACCCAGUUCUCUUAAAGUUCAACAUUGACUGGUACAAAAGACACAGAAUAGUGGCCUGGGCACGGGAGAAACUCAGAAUGCAAGGCAUUUCGGGAUUGAGUGAUUCUGUUUGCUUUCGAAGCCUGCUCGAGAGAUUGCCCAACCUUUUACAAGAUCAAUACAACUACGAAAAGGCCACGCUAAGCCGCGGAGACCAACUGGUUCAUAGUUCGUUCCUCCAAUCAUUUGCUGCAUUGGUCGUUGCUUUAGACCUUGACAACGUGCUUUGCCACGCCCUGUCCACAAGCCUGACUUCAGUUUGUCAUCCUAGUGACAUUCUAUCAGAAUGGGCAUGGCUGAAAACCUUCUGYGUGGCUGUGCGCUCAGCGGACGCCUUGACGUUUAGAGAUGUCUUUCAUAGUAGUUUUACUGUUCCUAAUGAGGAGAAGAUYAGCGAAGAUGAACCUUACCAACCCCUGGACAAUACGGCUUGGAGUCUUACCAUGGACGAACAAGUUAUGACCUGGGCCAUGCAAAGACCCGAACAGUGGGAGACUGGCGGCAAAUGUGAUGCGUACCUUUGGGGGGGAGGGAGACAUGGACAACUUGCAGAGACAGGUCGAGGAGUGAACGUUCCUACCAUUACCAAGUCAUUUUCAAAGGCUAAUCAGAUUAUAUGUGGUCAGAAUUGUACAUUUGAACUGCAAACAAAUGGCACAGCAUUAGCCUGUGGCGAGGGAAGUUAUGGAAGACUGGGAAUGGGGAAUUCGGAUGAUCUGCUUGUUUUGACACCAGUUGCAGCAUUACAAGGUUAUGUUGUGAUCCAGCUGGCCACAUCGUGUGGUUCCGAUGGCCAUUCCUUAGCAUUGACAGAAAGUGGUGAGGUGUUUAGCUGGGGUGACGGCGACUAUGGCAAGCUUGGUCAUGGUAAUAGCGAUCGACAAAGACGACCAAGACAGAUCGAAGCUCUACGAGGACAGGAAGUCAUCAAUCUUUCUUGUGGUUUCAAGCACUCUGCUGUAGUCACUUCCGAUGGUAAGCUGUUYACAUUUGGUAACGGUGAUUAUGGUAGGCUYGGACACGGCAGCUCUGUCAACAAGAAGACGCCUGAACGUGUAAUGUCCCUUGAAAAACAUGCAAUUGGACAGGUUGCCUGUGGACUGAACCACACCCUUACAGUAUCUUCCGACGGUAACACGGUUUGGGCAUUUGGCGAUGGGGACUACGGUAAAUUAGGUUUAGGAAGUUCCACAGCAAAGACCUCACCUCAGGUCAUUGAAGCUCUUAAUGGCAUUGGAAUCAAGAAAGUCUGUUGUGGAACACAGUUCUCUGUGGUAUUGUCAAAAGAUGGGAGGCUUUUUUCAUUUGGGCAAGAACGUUUGAUCGGUCAACCAGAAGGACGAUUACGUGGUCCCAGCAAACCCCAACARAUCCUUGCUCUUUCGUCUCACUUUGUCGACGAUGUUGUCGUSGGUGCYGAGCACACACUGGCUUUAACAAGUACCGGUGAGGUGUGGGGGUGGGGGUCRAACGUUGACGGUCARCUUGGUCUUGGAAAUAGCGUGACGCACCGYGAACCAUGUCUGAUACAGGAUCUUAAAGGMAAAAACGUACGACAGAUCUCCGCUGGUCGAAACCACAGUGCUGCGUGGACUGCACCACCACCGCAGACCCGUACCCCUGGGUCAACAACACCGUUACAACUGGGACAACCCGAGCAUAUUCCACCACAGUACCCAGCACUCAAGGGUGUCAGCACAGAAGCAGUCAGAGCGAGGCUGAGGGUGCUGCAUUUCUUUUCUGAUUUGGUGUAUUCGUCAUGGAAACUUUUAAAUCUAACGUCUGGAGAGAUUGACAACCAUUCUUAUAAUCGUGGUACUACUGGUUUCGUACGAGGUCAACUGCGUCCAUUAUUAGCCACUCGUGUAUCGAACCUACCAAUAGUUCGCGCUAUAGGGCGGACCAUGGUGCAAGGCAAGAAUUAUGGACCGCAAAUCACUGUGAAAAGACUUAUUGGAAGYAGCAAAAAAUCAAAGCCAAUAUUCGUACAAAUUGCUCACCAAGUUGUCAAGCUCAAGUCAAGUGAUUUAUGUCUGCCCUCAAGAGCCUGGAAAGURAAGCUUGUUGGAGAAGGAGCAGAUGAUGCCGGUGGUGUGUUUGAUGAUACCAUUACAGAAAUGUGCCAGGAACUGGAGGAAGGUAUCGUCCCUCUUCUUAUCCAUUCACCMAACGCCACAUCAGAAGUGGGCUUUAACAGAGACAGGUUUUUGCUUAAUCCUGCUGCUACUACCGAUGACGAUUUAAUCUUGUUUAAGUUCUUGGGAAUCCUGUGUGGCGUCGCCGUUCGAACCAAGAAACCUCUUGAUCUACAYUUGGCGCCAUUAGUGUGGAAACAGCUGGUCGGAAUACCUUUAACACCUGAUGAUAUCGAGGAGGUUGAUUUACUCUACAUACAAAGCUUACGUGGAAUUCGCGAUAUCCAUGAGAGUGGUGUAGAUGGGGAUACGUUUGCUGAGAUCAUYCCGAUAGAGUCUUUCGAGACACUCAGCGCYGAUGGUCGCUUUGUACCCAUAUUCCCUAGCGGUCACAGCAUUCGUCUGACGUUUGAAAAUCGAAGUGAAUACGUAGAACAGGCGUUGCGUUAUCGAUUACACGAGUUUGAUCGGCAGGUUAAUGCCAUCCGUGAAGGCAUGGCAGGGAUAUUACCAGUCCCCUUGCUGUCACUUUUGACCGCGGAGAAACUGGAACAGAUGGUUUGUGGAUCUGAGCAGAUUAGUAUCGACAUGUUGAAGAAAGUUGUCAGAUACCGAGAAAUAGACCCUUCAGACACGCACAUUUCAUGGUUAUGGCAGACUUUGGAGUCAUUCACSAAUGAGGAACGAAUCCUCUUCAUGCGGUUUGUAUCUGGACGGUCCAGGCUACCAGCCAAUAUUGGUGACGUCGCUCAAAGAUUCCAGAUUGUCAAGAUAGAUAGGGAGGAAGAUAGUCUACCCACUGCGCAGACUUGUUUUUUCCAGUUACGUCUACCACCAUAUUCCAGCCCUGAAGCAAUGGCGGACAGGCUWCGAUAUGCCAUCAACAACUGUCGGUCUAUYGAUAUGGAUAAUUACAUGCUGACGCGAAAUGCUGAAGAUGGUGACGAGGAAGAUGAAUAUUUCUAAGAAAAUAGUUUUUUUUAACGGUCGAUUUGAACUUACAGGUCACGUGAUGGUAUUCCCAAAAUCGAGAAUCAAACUCCAUUAUGGGAAAUAGCAACUUAAGAUUAAAUUUUCAACAUUACUGUAUGAAAUACAUAAUUUUAGUUCGUUUACAUGAGUUAAACUACUUAUUAAGUGCUGUUUUUCCAUAAAUGGGUUGGUUUUGAUAUAUCUUAGUGUUUCAUGGGUUAUACUGUCAUGGCAUGUAAGCGAAGAGCGUACAGCUUUAAAUGAUUACUUUCAAAUCUCCAUUUUAAAUUUUUUGUUCCUCUAAAGGAAUUGUGGGUAUUAAAGUUCCUUCCCUGAGGGAAUCGUGGGUUUUUAAUAAUUCUGUUCAAAGAAACUAUGACAUAGAUAUUCUUAAACUUUGGAUCUGUAAAAAUUAUGGAAUUCAGAGUGAAUUCUUAUCUCAAGAAAAAAAGGUUUUGCUUCACACUAUAUCUAAUGUUAUCGAUUUAUAUUUUCAGAGUGAAACUCCUAAGGCAAAUGUAUAUUUAUAAUUUAUGCAAAAUUGAUUUUCAGACUUUUUUAAAGUGUUAUGUCUGUUGAAUAUAUUGUACAAAGUUACAUUGGUUGAAAUAUAAGUCAUUMCAUUCCAUAAUG